AUGGCUUCAGGCGCAUUCUCUUCUUUCUCGCCAUGGCAUAUCCCGCCCCUCUUUAUCGCCAGUGCGUUUACCCUUGGCGGUCUUCUCCCCUUCUUGAACCCAGCCCGUGCCAUUCGCGAGUUCGGGUUACCAGAGGGCAUAGCCAGGUCUCAACCAGCGCAUACAUGUUUCGCCGUAUACGGAUCCCGGGUAUCCAUUAUGGGCCUUUCCAUGUGGAUAUUUUAUCUACGAGGUGAACUCAAGACACUGGAUACGUUGAUGGCCCUUCUGUUCUGGGCCGGUGUUGCAGAUGGAUACCUGUGCUGGAAGGAGGGCGUUCCGGGCAAAGCGCUGUUCAGAUUUUCUUCUGGUCUUGUCGUGGGCGGCUGGGGGUUCCUUGGGUUGACUUCAAGGGGUUGA